UUGUUAAUUUACACUAUAGUAAUCUGUAGUAAUAUCUGGAAACCGUUUACUCUAGUAAAUUCCAAAGUAUUUUAUAAUAUUAGUUUUUAGCUGAUUUUCCAUAAGAAACGAUGCCAUAUAUGUAUCAGUAAACUGUCUCUUUAAGGAAGAGGGCGGGGCUUUCAAGCUGACGUAGAAAACCAUAUAAAUAGUCUCCAGCUCGCGCAGCUUUCCAUGAUGAAAGCGGCAAGUUGCGCGGCAGAGUCUUCCUCACUCACACGUGUGUUGUAUUUGAUUUAUUUUGCUGAAUGAUACGCUGGGAUCUCUCGUCUCGGAAACAUUGGAUAUAAGACAGAUUUAACAAAGAAAAACAAUUAAGAAAUAUAUCACCGGUUUUUAGCUGCUGUAAUAGUGGAGUGUAAAAUCUGUUUUGGUUGCUGAUGGCAAGAGUAUGAAUUCAGGUUUGAGAACUAAAUGUCACUCUUUAAAACAGUAUGGCCUCUGCUCAACCAUACUGGGAUCAACACCAUGACACCAUGGACAGCAGGCUGUGUUUUGCUUCUGAGUCCAUGGAUCACAGCUUGAGAAUGUUUCAGCGAGACACUGGAGCCAUGAGCAUUGAAAGAAGAAUAUCUGGCUCAUGUUCUCCUCCGUGUCUGUCUCCCAAGACUUCAAAUCCUACACAGCUCCACUUUUCCUCCGAGUUCCACCCACCUGCGGGAGACCAGGUUGUACCGUCCUUGCAGAAACUGUCUGUUUAUGAGCACAUACCUCCUUGUUCACCCAGGAGAAGCACCAAGCCCCUCCCUCCUCUCCCGGACAUGGGCGACCUGUCCUCUGAUGAAGCAGAGGACAAUGAAGUGGAGUUCUUCUCCAGCACCCCUGAAAAUCAGUGUCUUUUGCCCGUGCGCUGCUCUAAACCCUCAUCCUUCCAGUACGGCUUUCCAGGCAGGCGCAGUUUCCGAGGAAACGGUCAGAUAAACUUUGCUUACUAUGAAGGUAUACAAGUACACGAGAAGGUGAAGCCUCAGUGGGAGCAGACGGUAACCGAAGACCAAGACAGACCGCAGGAAAGACCCAGGUGCAGACUACACCGCUCCCUUUCUGGACCUGCUGGAUCCUUCAAAACUGCCAACUUCAGGCAGGUUGGUCUUCACCACACCCCCCACAACCACCUACAGGAGAAACCCGAAGUCCCGCCUCGCAUUCCAAUCCGUCCUGGCCCCGGUGAGCGCACUGGUGGCAGACAACCAUCAGCUGAUGAUGAUGAUGAUGAUUAUAUAGACAAACCCCCUAAAGUGCCGCCCAGAGAGCCCAUCCCUCAGCACAUACCACGUGCCGUCAGUCCAAAAAGUCUCCCUAUUUAUGUCAACGGUGUCAUGCCUCCAACUCAGAGCUUUGCGCCGUAUCCCGAGUACGUCAGCAAAGCCCAACAACAGCCGAGCUGCGAGGGAUUGCCAGCUCCUCGUACCCCUUGUAUUUUGCCCAUCAUUGAAGAUGGGAAGAAAGUCAGCAGCACCCAUUACUUCCUCCUCCCCCAUCGGCCCGGAUACUUGGACAAGUUUGAAAGGUUUUUCAAAGAGGCGGACUCUGCUCCUAGUGGUUAUAAACCUAAGUGGAACAGUUAGAAUUCAGAGGAUAGACAUUAAGGCUAGACAAAAAUGCAUAUAUUGGAUUUUGGAAGGAAUUCUUGCAGUGUUCCACAUUACCUGCCUUUAGCGAUUGGACAGUAUGUUCUUGGACUUGCUCGCAAAAAAGACUAAAGAUUGAUAGUUUACCACUGCUGGAAACUGCAGGGCAGCUCUGCUGGAAGUGUAAUUUAUGAAUGAUGUGUCAAAGUGUGUGUGUGUUUUGUAUUAGAUUUAAGCGUGCAGUAUCCAUUUAUGAAGGAAUGAGAUAAUCUGUUACACUUUAACACUGUAGGGUACCCUACAUAUAAGCUGGUCUUAUUGUGAAUUUAAAUGAAAAUUGUCCCUGUUAAGACCAUGCAUAAAAAUUACAUUUUAUUACGGAAACGUUUAAAGGGAUAGUUCACCCAAAAAUGAAAAUCCUGACAUUUACUCACCCUCAUUUUGUUUUAAGCCUGCAUUAGUUUCUUUAUUCUGUUGAGAAACAAAAGAUAUUUUGAUAAAUAAUGGUUACAACACAGUUGACGGUACCAAUUGACUUAAAUGUGUUGUUCCUUACUAGACACAUCUGUGUUAUUCUAGAAACAACACAUUUUGUGCUCUCCCUUAUAUUUAUUUGAACACAAAAUCAACACAAAAUGACAAAUAAUGUAUUAAAUAGAGUAACACAAAAAAGUGUAAAAAAUGUAUAAAUGCUUUCUUUGAGUGUAUAGUCUGUUUUUUCUACUAUGGAUGUCAAUGGGUACCGUCAACUGUUUGAUGAUUAUCAUCAUUUAUCAAAGAAUUGUGUGUUUGUGUUUAAAACAACAUGAGCGAGAGUAAUGACAGAAUUUUUAUUUUUGGGUAUAUCAUCCGUUUAAGCCUUGUAGUGAGUGAUAGCAUUCAUCUGAAAUAUUAAACCGAGAUACUAAAUAAUUUGAAUAGUUUUAGAUUUUUAGAAAUGUUCAAUGAGAUGUGUUGCAAUCGCACUUUGUCACUUAAUAAUAUAGUGACAAAUGAAAAGGACUCUGCACAGGGGUAAGUAUUCAGGUCUUUAUGUGAAGAUCAAUUGAUGCCUUAUUGUGCACUGUCGCUUUGCUUUUUUUGACCAUUCAGAUGUGACACCAAUGAAUUGAUCAUUUGAUUUGAUUUAAGUUUGCUUAAAAAACCCUUUUCUUCAGUCAUGUAUGUUACACGAGCUGUAAAGCCACUGCCUCAUCUGGAGUCUAAAGCGAGGAUGCUGGAUGUAAAUGAGUUGACAAAUGGUAUUUUCCUGUGUAUUCCUACCUGUUUACCAUGAAGUUGUUUUACUGCAUUUGUUUCAUGUGUUUCUAACCAAGUUAUUGUUCUUUCUGUCUAUUUGACUUUUUUUUAGAAUCUUACAAUUAUCAAACCAAUAACUGUUUACAGAUUAUUAUUAUUAUUAUUGUUGUUGUAGCUAUUGUCCGACAGAAUUUACCUUUCUGUUUAAUGGUAAUGUUAACUGACCUUUGUCUCAACCACAGAGGAUGUAUUUCUGUGUACAGUAUUGGUGUAGUUUUUCACACCAUAAAUCUAUUUAAGUAAAUAAAAUAACUUAUUUAUAGACA